CAGCGCGAGGAAGCUAACGCUAACGACCUCAGAGCUGCUCCGCUCGCGCUGUAAAAUGGCUGGUGCUGAAGAUGGAGAGUAGAAAACAAUUAAAUACAAUAUAAGAAGAGAUAAAGUGACACCAGGACAAGGACAACCUCGACGUUGGUCGUGGUAUUAUUUCUCUCUUAUAAGGGUGCCACAGUGCUAAGCAGCAAUCAUGGACACCACUACGUCUAUAAAGAUGACCACUAUAGCCAUCCAGAACCUCUUCAGCUAUGUGGAAGAGGAGAAUCUGGCUGCCCUUAAAGCCCACCUGGAAAAGUUUAAAGAAGUGGAUGGCCGCAGUGACAAUGGCCAGACCCCUCUAAUGCUGGCUGCAGAGCAGGGCAGUUUGGAGAUUGUCCAAGAACUCAUCAGACGAGGUGCCAAUGUCAAUCUGGAUGAUGUGGACUGCUGGUCUGCCUUGAUCUCUGCAGCUAAGGAGGGGCAUGUGGAGGUGGUAAAAGAGCUUCUGGAUAACAGCGCUUAUAUUGAGCACAGAGACAUGGGAGGCUGGACUGCUCUCAUGUGGGCUGCAUAUAAAGGUCGUGUGGAGGUUGCAACGGUUCUCCUGGAGAACGGGGCCAAUCCCAACACGACAGGACAGCAGUAUAGUGUAUACCCCAUCAUUUGGGCUGCUGGCAGAGGUCAUGCUGAAAUCGUCAAGCUCUUGUUAAAGGAAGGAGCAAAAGUCAACUGUUCUGACAAGUAUGGCACCACUCCAUUGAUCUGGGCUGCCAGGAAGGGCCACUAUGACUGUGUGAUGCACCUGCUAGAGAACGGCGCUGAUGUUGACCAGGAGGGGGCAAAUUCAAUGACAGCACUGAUCGUGGCUGUAAAAGGUGGCUACACAGAGGUUGUAAAGGAGCUGUUGAAGAGGAACCCCAAUGUUAACAUGACUGAUAAAGAUGGCAACACAGCCCUGAUGAUCGCAGCCAAGGAGGGCUACACCGAGAUUGUCCAGGAUUUGCUGGAUGCAGGGACCUACGUCAACAUCCCUGACAGGAGUGGUGACACAGUGCUGAUUGGAGCUGUUCGGGGGGGCCAUGUAGAAAUUGUGCGAGCCCUGCUGCAUAAGUAUGCUGACAUCGACAUCAGGGGACAGGACAAUAAGACAGCUUUGUACUGGGCUGUAGAGAAGGGCAAUGCCACCAUGGUCAGAGACAUCCUGCAGUGUAACCCUGACACAGAGACCACUACCAAGGAUUCUGAGACUCCCUUAAUCAAAGCUACCAAGAUGAGAAACAUUGAAAUUGUGGAGCUACUCCUGGACAAGGGGGCGAAAGUGUCCGCUGUGGAUAAGAAAGGGGAUACACCUCUUCAUAUUGCUAUUCGUGGGAGGAGCCGCAGACUGGCUGAGCUACUUCUGCGCAACCCUAAAGAUGGCCGCCUGCUCUACAAGCCCAAUAAGGCAGGAGAGACACCAUACAACAUCGACUGCAGCCACCAAAAAAGCAUUCUUACUCAAAUUUUUGGAGCCAGACACCUGUCCCCCACUGAGACAGAUGGUGACAUGCUGGGCUAUGACUUGUACAGCAGUGCACUGGCUGACAUCCUGAGUGAACCCACCAUGCAGCCUCCUAUCUGUGUUGGCCUGUACGCUCAGUGGGGCAGCGGCAAGUCCUUCUUGCUCAAGAAAUUAGAGGAUGAGAUGAAGACAUUUGCAGGGCAGCAGAUUGAGCCACUGUUCCAGUUUUCUUGGCUAGUGGUGUUCCUGUCACUCUUGCUGUGUGGCUCUGUGGCUCUACUCCUUGGCUUUACUGUGGACCCCAACCUAGCCAUUGCUGUUUCCCUCAGCCUUCUGGCUCUGCUCUACUUGUUCUUUGUGGUUGUAUACUUUGGGAGUAGGCGUGAAGGCGAAAGCUGGAACUGGGCUUGGGUUCUCAGCACUCGGCUCGCUCGACACAUUGGCUACUUGGAGCUACUGCUGAAACUCAUGUUUGUUAAUCCUCCAGAGCUGCCUGAGCAGACCACACGGGCACUGCCUGUCAGGUUCUUGUUUACAGAUUAUAACAGGCUGUCCAGUGUAGGUGGAGAGACAUCCAUGGCAGAAAUGAUUGCCACUCUCUCUGAUGCCUGUGAAAGAGAGUUUGGCUUUAUGGCCUCCAGAUUAUUCCGCGUCUUUAAGACAGAGGACACUCAAGGCAAAAAGAAAUGGAAGAAGACAUGCUGCAUCCCAUCCUUUGUGAUCUUCCUUUUCAUCCUGACUUGCCUGAUCACGGGCAUGGCUUUGCUGGCUGUCUUCAAGGUAGACAGCCGCAACCAGACGGUAAAUGCUGUGUUGGUUGCCAUGGCAAGCGUGGUGGGCCUGGCUCUUCUGUUGAACUGCAAAACAUGGUGGCAGGUGACUGACUCAGUGCUGAACUCACAGAGGAAGAGGCUGCACAGUGCUGCUAACAAGAUGCAAAAACUCAAGAGUGAAGGCUUCAUGAAGGUGUUAAAAAGUGAGGUGGAACUCAUGGCAAAAAUGGCAAAGACUAUCGACAGCUUCACCCAGAAUCAAACACGUCUAGUUGUCAUCAUCGAUGGUCUGGAUUCUUGUGAGCAAGACAAAGUUUUGCAAAUGCUGGAUACGGUGAGGGUGCUUUUCUCCAAAGGUCCGUUCAUCUCUAUCUUUGCCAGUGACCCUCACAUCAUAAUUAAAGCGAUUAACCAGAACCUGAACAGUGUACUGCGUGACUCCAACAUCAACGGCCACGAUUACAUGCGCAACAUCGUACACCUGCCCGUCUUUCUCAAUAGCCGAGGCCUCAGCAGUGCUAAGAAGAUGUGUGCACCACCUGCAGCCAACGGAGAAACAGGAAAUUCAGAGGGUUGGCAUGAGGAACUGGACAGAAAGCUAUCCCAAAAUAGUAUUGGUGAAAUGGCUAAGCUGGGUAGUAAGAGCACUUUGAAUCGCAGGGACACAUACCGGCGUCGUCAGAUGCAGAGAUCCGUCACGCGCCAAAUGUCCUUUGACUUCUCUAAGUUGCUGGUCACUGAGGACUGGUUCAGUGACAUCAGCCCUCAGACUAUGAGAAGACUUCUCAACAUUGUGUCUGUCACAGGUCGAUUACUGCGGGCCAAUCAGAUCACUUUUAACUGGGACCGGCUGGCGUCCUGGAUCAACCUGACUGAGCAGUGGCCCUACCGAACAUCGUGGCUUAUCCUGUACCUGGAGGAGACAGAAGGAAUUCCCGAACAGGCCACACUCAAAAGCAUCUAUGAAAGAAUUUCCAAGAACAUUCCCACCACUAAAGAUGUAGAGCCAUUGCUGGAGAUAGAUGGAGACGUUCGGAGUUUUGAAGUAUUCCUCUCCUCUCGCACUCCAGUGCUGGCUGCUCGAGAUAUCCGCACCUUUCUACCCUGCACGGUCAACCUGGACCCUAAGCUCAGAGAGAUUAUAGCAGAUGUCCGUGCUGCUCGGGAGCAGAUGAACAUGGGUGGGAUUACUUAUCCUACGCUGCCCCUGCAGGACCCUGGCGUCCGCCCCACAUCCAUCUACAGCCAGCAUUCCUCAGCCUGCUCACCCACCGCCUCAUACAACGGGCCAUACAAUGUGACCGGUGUGUCCCCACAGCCCCAUAGUGCCUUCUACAGCACCGUAGCUGGCCCUCAGCACCCAUAUUACAACAGGCCUUAUUUCCCCCACCAUGUUUAUGUGCUGCCCCGGCAGUACACUGGCAGCUCCCAUCACAUUUACAUCCCUGCACCUCCACGCCCACUCAUUAAAGCGAACCAUCCCAGGGAGCCUAGCUCUGCAAUCCAGUUUAAGGUAGCACCUUUGAAAACGAAGCAGGGCACUGCUUCUGUGGUGUCAGGCACCCCAUCUGUGUUGCUCAGCUCCAUGAAUACAGACAUGGUGUGUGAACGUCUCAGAGUGAUGGAAGGCAUCGACCAAGUCAUGCUGGCCCAGUACACUGCCACUAUUAAGAAGGCCAAUGUCAAUGGACGGGUCUUAUCCCAAUGUAACUUGGAUGAGCUGAAGAAAGAAAUGAACAUGAACUUUGGAGACUGGCAGCUCUUUAGAGGAAUUGUGAUGGAUUUACGUCAAUUGGAGAGCCAAGUCCUGCAUGAAGAAGCCCCCAGUGAGCAGGGCAGCAGCAUGGUGGGUCACGGAGAGACUACUAGGACUCGAAGUAUUCCAGGCCAUGGCGGACCUGCUAACAAUGAUAACUCCCCCAUGUACAACUUUAACCUUAGCUUUGAGGAACUCUCUAAUGUGGGCCUUGAUGAGAUUCAGAAGAAUCCCAAUCCCCCAUGGAUGAACACUACACACCGUACCCCCAGCAUGUCCAGUCUGAACUCUCAGGAGUCCUCCAAUGAGAUCUGCAAACUAACUGACAAGCAACAGGCUGAGUACCGCAAUGCCUACCAAGAGUACAUUGCCUCAAUGUCACAGCUUGAGGCAACAGGCAGUGGGAUGGAGAAGCCUGUGCAGCCCCAUCCAGGCCAAUUUAUGCACUCCAACUCUGAUGAUAAGAAUAAAGAUGGAUGUGAUCAAGAUGGACGCAAGUCUGCCUCUAAGCGAACUGCUGGAAAACCAGCAGAUGCAACUGACUACGCUUCCAGUGAAGCUGCAACUCUAGACCCCAUCAGCGAGGAGGAUGAAAAGCUUGACCAUGGCUCGUCCAAGUCCUUGCUUGGCCGCAAGAGCUCAGCAGAGAAGCUGGGCCUCUUCCAGAGUGCUGACCUGAAGCUGAAAGCCACAGGAGGGCUGCGUUACCAGAAACUGACCAGUGAUGAUGAAGAGUCAGAGGAGUCUGAUAACACCCCCCUGAUCAAGGAUGGCAAGAAAGUAGAACCCAAGCACUGCGAGAAUGAGGAUUCAUCUUUGGCAAAGGGGAAAGAGUACCUUUCUGACGGCAUGCUGGACAAGAAGGACUCUUCUGAUUCAGGAGUCCGGUCCAACGAAAGUUCACCCAACCAUUCUCUGCAAGAUGAGGAGGCUGACCUGUCUCAGUCAGAGAGGACCAACCUUAUCGAGCUAGAUGAAGAGAGUCUAGCCCGCAAGAGAGGCCUGCCUAAUAGUUUGAGUGGUCUCCAGGAUCCGGCAGUUGCACGCAUGUCGAUCUGUUCCGAAGACCAGUGCAGCCUCCUUGCCAGUAGCCCUGAGGAAAGCUGGCCAUCUUCUAGAAGCUACAACCUGAACCGCACUCCCAGCAACAACACACUUAACAACAACACCAACGCUCAGCAGGGGAACCGUCCACGCCAGUCAAAUGAAAGUUCCAAAACCAACGGCAGCGAGGUCAUCGUGACCCCUGGGUCCAGCACAACUACCACCACCUCCACAUCCAGCACCCAUAAUGAGAAUGUACGUGUAGUGCAUUUGAAGAGAGGCCUGAAUCCUGGAGACCCACCUGAGAUCUGCACCGUGACCUCUGACACAGUGGUCUUCAGCGAGGAGCGUGAGAGCAUCCUGUGAGACCCUGCACCCUAGUUCUAGAAAGUUUUGUUUUAGACAUGUGGUGUUGCUCUCCAGAUUUCAGUGUUUGUUGUUGUGAUGCAUGCUCAGUGAAAUGUGUAAUCCUGAUGAUUCAGUGAUGGCUCUGUAUUUCAGUAUUAAAUAGUGGUAGUCGGUCCACUGUAGUUUACCUAAAUAAAUGCUGCCUACAUCCUUGUUUUAUCAGUUACUUUUCUAGAAUCAAUGUUAAAUUUAUUUAAUAGUCCCUUAUGAAAUAUACAGUUACCAGUAUUAUUGCUUGAUUUGGGUUUCAAAUAUGUUAAAUUGGACAAGGCAAAAACAUGAGCCCUCAAGACAUCUAUGAAAAAAACACUGGUAAUUGUAGGCUAUAAUUAAACACAUCAGCUAAGUGUCAGUUACUUUAUUAGAAAUAAUAUUUAUUGGUUAUGAAACACGACUGUGUUGUUUUGUGUUGUGUUGUAUUACAUUACAUUGUCACUUUGCAUGCUUACUGUUAAAAUAUGAGAGGAUUUGCUUGAAACUUUAAGCUCUAGACUAAAAGAAAAAAAAAUGUUCUUUCUCUAAAGCCAACCUUUAUGGUUAAAAGGUAUUAAUAGUUUCGGUACGUUUUUGGUUCCUGACCUAGAGUAUGUAAAGUUUAAGGCUUGAAAAGCAUAAGAAGUGUCAUGUGUGUGUCUCAUUGUAGUUAAUGUCAAAAGUGAAGCAACUUAAAAAGCUGCAUGCACCAAGCUGUAACUUUGUCUGUUUAAUUGUAUUAACUGGAUGAAGCAAAAAAGAAAGAAAGCGGAUGUGCGAACUAUCGACCACAUAGGGAAAAAUAAAAUGUGUAUGUGAUGGUA